GGCAUAAGCAAUUAGGAAAUAACACUUACUACCCAGGAACCAAAAAAAAAUAAUUGUUACACGGUGUAAUCUGCCACAAAAACUAAAAUUAGGUAAGAUGGUAUUUCUUCAUGUAACACUGGACUGCAGUGAGAUUGAACUGGUUUUCCUGUGUUGUACGUUUACACUGGAUAAAGUGACGCAUGAGAUAAAUCCAUGCAGCUUCACUGCACACAUUCAUUCCCCUAGAGCGCAAACGCACAUCAAAUAGCCCAAUAGCCCUGAGCACAUCGGCAGUGAGACAGUGCUGGGGAGGGUAUAGUUCACUAUAGAAAGGGUACACCAAAAAAUUGUUACACAGUGUAAUGGGUCAGACCAAGCGUCUUUGUAGUUGGUGUGUUGUUAUCACUUUAGCGGCAGGCAGCCCCUACGUGAUGUAGUGCUCCUUGGCAUGCAUGCUGAGCACAACACACACACACACACACGUGACGUAGAGUGAAUGCAAACCGUUAUGUUGUGUUUGCUUUUACUUGAGUUUGUUAUUCAAUAAAAACGAAUCUUUUGGGGAGAAUACAAACCUUGUGUAGUAAGAAGUAAACGUGCAUGUGGAGGGAAAUCAUACAAAUAGAACUCUGUAUCUAUUUGUUUAUUUAUCUUUAGUAAAAUAUGAAUCUUACAGGAAUAUCAUUCUAGAACUAUUUGAGGACAUGCACUUUCAUAGUUCUUAAUGCUUGUAAGUCAUUAGUAAGGAAAGUACUAUUCCCGGCGUUACAGUAUGACUGAUUGACAAGCUCUGAUCCUUUUGACACUUCAGACUCAUUCAAUGUCUGUGCACUGGCUGAUAUGGCAUAGAGUGAUCUGUACAAGUUAUGUGAUGUAAAUACAGUCUCAUCUAAAGCAGGUGAUAAUGCAAAGGAUGGAAAAAAGUAAUGGAUUUCACAUAUGUAGAAUGUGGUAUAUGCAGCAGUUCUAUGUAGAGUAUUUAGAAAUAAUAAGCAUGUAGGAUUGUGACUUGUGUCCACUGAUAGUUCCUUGCUUUGUUCCUUCCCUCUGUUUUGUUCCUAACUUCAAAACUACGUGGCUUUCAAUGUUAAACUAAAAUAAAAAUGUUCCAAUGGCGAUUCAACACCCAAUAUAUACUGAUUGUUUUAGAAAUGUUUAAAAAAAAAAAAAAAAAAGUCAAUUGCUUGUGUAAUUAUUGUAAAGUAAUUAUUGAUGAUGUAAGGUGUUAACUGAUUGACUGUGUCCUUCCCAGAAACACAAUUAAAAUUGAGACAGAUGUCUCUUGCCCUGAGUAACUUCUCAUGUUUUAUUUCAAAUAUUUAAGUGCUUUGGGCAAUAUACUAUGUACAGAUUCAGCUCUGGAGAAAAUAAAAAUAAAACAAUAACAGCAGUAGAUUGUAUGUGAAAUAUGGCUAAAGAUUUCAGUAUGUCUUUUGCUUUAAUGCUGCAAUUAUAAAUACGUUCUUACUUACAUCUAUGAACACUGUAUGGCAACAAUUCACAGUACAAAAUAAUGUGUUGGUGGUAAAGUAGCUCACUGAGAUGCGAAAUCUGCUGCACUUAGGUUAUGCUUUUUUCUAAAUGAGUUCCACUAAAUAAUACUAAAUCACACUUAGUGAAGACAUGAGCUUUACUGAAGAGAUGCUGUUAUUACCGUACCUGACUUUGCCCUCUGGUACAUUUUGAUUUAAAAUAAAAUUGUGAAAGUGCAUUUUUCUUAAAUAAAGCGAGAGACAAGGGGGAUAAAAUGGUUAGAAAUAAAACCAGAAAUCUGUCUCUAAUCAUGUCUGUACAUCGGGCAAAACAUUAAUACAUCGUCUCUGCUGAAUACAUACGGUGCUUUUGUUGUUUUUAUUUAAUACUACUAAUAAUAAGAUUAAUCAAAUAAUACAAAUAAAUCCUAAGGCUGGAGUUUAAGAAAAAUAAAUAACAAAUUAGUUAAUUUUCCCAACUACGUAGCAGAUCUUACAGAAAUCUUUAUUUAUUUUUUGCCAUUCUGACGCUACUUUGUUUCCGAAUUCACCUCACAUGCUGCAGCAUUAUAACUACUAUAGCAUUAACUACCAUCUCCUUAGUUAUUUUAUACAUUGACCGAUGAGCUGGUAAACCUACACAUAUACUGGCUAUUUUAUAGAUUGGCCGCUGAGCUGCUUAAUCUACAUAUUUACUGGUUAAUCUAUAGAUGUACCGAUUUUACACAUGAACUGUAACAUAUAUUUCAAAAUAUAUUUCAAAAUAAUAGGUUAUAGGUUCAGCACUCAAGCCUUGGUGAUCUUACCUCAUUGAUUGGGCUAAAAAAAAAUCCCAUCCAAAUUUGAAGCAAUGCUGUAAGACGUUUGUUACAUGUACUUAUUCCACAUACUGUGUUUGUAGGUAUGGGGAACUGCUGCAUGGUACUGACUGGUUGAACUAUUGAAGGCUACAUCUUGGGAAGCACUCUUCUGCUUUGUAUAAUGAGCAUUUGUUAUACCUGGGUAUGUAGGUCACUGUGACCUGGUUUAAAAUAUGUAAUAACUAUUGAACUGACUUGAUUGAUACCCUUCUAACUAACUAGCAGCUCACUGGUCUGGGUCUUAUAUAGUGAGACAUGGCUUUGCUUUCCCCCAUGUCCUCUGUUUCAACAAGCCCCUAUAAACGGACUGUGCUUUGAACCCCUGCUUGGCUCCUACAGCACAGACAGGAUGACCUUGUGAGUAAGACGACCAAAGCAGUUAAAUAGUAAAACAGGAUUAUUUUCCUGGCUCAUCUGCUGACAGGGAUUUUUGUAAUUGGGAUGAGGCUGAUUAGUGGCAUUAGGAUGACGUCCUGGAACUUCAGGGUUUAUCAGUUGGAUCCCGCACAAUCCUUCUCCUUUGCUGGAAAAGGAUCUGAAAUAGCUGUAAAGCCCACUGACCAGUUCUUUCAUAUGUAUUAAAAUAAUAAUAAUAAAUACAUAUCAUUUUUUUGGGGGGUGAUGCAUUUUCAAUUGCUUGUGCUCUAGGUUACGAAAAGCUGGGUGGUCAGCAUGGAUGGACAACCUGGGAUUUCAAACAAAGUCUUGCCUUUUGCAGCUGCUGUAUGGAACGGAUUACAAGCUUCUUUUUAAAUUUGAUUUCUCCGCCACUUUGGUUUUUAUAUUUGUUCUUGUACUUUAAUAAUUAAAAUAAUAAAUAUAUAUAUUUUUGGAGAACAGUGUAGAAAGGCAGGAUGGCGCUCAUGACGGUGAAGUUUGACUUGAAGAAGAGGGUGACGCUUGCCCAGGGACUAUGGCUGAUGAACUGGUUCUCUGUGAUGGCUGGGGUCCUGGUCUUCAGCCUGGGACUGGUCCUCAAAGUGGAGCUGCGCAAGAGGAGCGAGAUGAUGGACAAUGCCGAGAGCCAUUUCGUCCCCAACUCUCUGAUCUGCGUGGGGAUCUUUGGCUGCGCCCUGAACGCUUUUGGGGGGAAGAUCUGCUAUGACUCCCUGGACCUGGCCAAGUACAGCAAGUGGAAGCCCUUCAUGAAGCCCUACCUGGCCACCUGCUUCAUCUUCAACAUCCUGCUGCUCCUCACGGCUGGGCUGUGCUUCACCAUGCGGCUGGCCCUGGAGAGCACCCUGAUGCAUGGGCUGAAGAGUGGCAUGCGCUACUACAAGGACACAGACACGCCCGGCCGCUGCUACAUGAAGACGACCCUGGACAUGAUGCAGAUCGAAUUCCGCUGCUGCGGGAAUAAUAACUACAAGGACUGGUUCGAAAUCCAGUGGAUCAGCAACCGCUACCUGGACUUCAGUUCCAAGGAGGUGAAAGACCGCAUUAAGAGUAACGUUGAUGGGAAGUAUCUGAUGGAUGGGGUCCCCUUCAGCUGCUGUAACCCCAGCUCCCCCCGGCCCUGCAUCCAGUUCCAGAUCACCAACAACUCUGCCCACUACAGCUACGACCACCACAGCGAGAAGCUGAACAUCUGGACUCGGGGCUGUCGAGAGGCGCUGCUCAGCUACUACAGUGGCAUGCUGAACUCCAUCGGCAUCCUGGUGUUGCUCGUCCUGCUCCUGGAGGGGGCAGUGAUGGUGGGGCUGCGGUACCUGCACACCUCCCUGGAGAGCCUGUCAAACCCGGAGGACCCAGAGAGCGAGAGUGAAGGCUGGCUGCUGGAGAAGAGCGUGAAGGAGACAGUGAGCUCGUUCCUCGAGGGCCUCAAGUCCAUGGGUAAGUCGAACCAGGUGGACAGCGACGUGGAGGCCGGGGGAGGGGAGGCACAGACUGUCACCACUAUCAGCUGAGGAGUGUCAGCCUGGGGGACUUUGACCAAUCCCAGAUCAGAGAGCGGGAGGGAAGCAAGACAACCAAGAAACUAACUGCACUCAAAAGUGAACAAGUAUUUUACACCAUGUAGAAUGCGAACCCACAUGAACAAUAAAUAUAAAUAUAUA